UUUAUUUACCAUCGGUCGCGUGUUCGAUGCGGGUCGUGUUUUUUUCGCGUGUGAUUUUCUGCUCCGGUUCGGAGAUCGUUCAUAUUCCGUGCAAGUUCGUGACGGAUUUUGGUGAAAGUUUGCAAAUUAAGUGCAGCAUCCAGUAUGGAAGUGGACUGCGAAAAAGUUCGGCGCGUUUUGCGCCGACUGCGCGAGAAAUUCGACUGCGCCGAGGUGGAACCAUUUUUAAGGUUAUCUAAGCUCACAUCGUCCCACAUGGACGAGCUGGCCACGGUGCUGGGCCGACUGAUUGAGGAUCCACAGUACACGACGGAGAUUGGGAGUGGAUUCGCGAGCAUGCUGCUGCUGAUCGUUGCGGGUGCUUUCGGGGAGAACAGUUCCGGCGGAACGCCGGAUCGCGAAGCGCACCGACGAAAGUGCGUUGCACUUUCCAAGUUGGUGCACUGCUGCCCGGAUGUGUUGCGGUUCGCCGUGCAAUACUUUCGUCACAGUGCUCCGCCGUUUGGGGUGGGGGAAUCGCUGGCGUACACGCCGAAGCAGAAGCAGAAGAAGCUGGAAAAGGGUCCGGUCAGUGAGUUGGAGCUGGUUCGGUGCUGUUAUCGGUUUUUGGUGGCCGAUCCGGCCCACUUUCGGUCCGCUUGGAAUUGGUCCGAGUUUUUUGAGCAGUUUGCUGGGAAGGGUUGUCCGAGGCAGCGGUAUUACUACAACCGGAUUCUGGCCACGGUCAGUUGUAUGACGCAGAGUCAGUUGAACGUACUGGACGGAGAUAUUCCGUUGGAAGUUGUGGUUCGGGAGCAGCAGCAGGAGAUGGCUGUGGGACGAGUGGUCAACGAGGAAGAAGUUGGAGCUUGCGGGGAGAAGAUUCGGUGGGACUUUCGGAGCAACGUGGUCACGAACGUGGGCGACGUGAUGUUGCCGAUUUUCGACGCGAGUAAUUGCGAGUUUUAUCGCGCGAAGGAGCAAGAACCUGAGGAGCUGGUCAUCGUGGACUCGACACGGUUGAACGUGCGUAGUUUGGCGCUGGGAGUUUCGUCGGGGAGGGCGAUUUGUCUGUCCGGGCCGGUUGGUUGCGGGAAGACCUCGUUGGUGGAGUAUUUGGCCCGGAAGACGGGUCGGAUUGGUCCGAAGGCGCAGGAAGUGGAGCGUCGUAUGAAGAAGGCGCUCAAGCCUAGCAAGAAGCGCAAGGUUAACGGCGAGGACGAAGUCACGUUCGACGCAGGUUUGGAGCAGUUGAGGAAGGAAGCGCCGCGGAACGGGUUCCUGCGGAUUCAGCUCGGAGAUCAAACCGACAGCAAGAUGCUGCUGGGACAGUACCGCUGUACGGAUACUCCGGGAGAGUUUGUGUGGCAGCCGGGUGUGCUGACGCAGGCCGUCAUGAACGGGUACUGGCUGCUGCUGGAAGAUUUGGACUCUGCAACGCAGGACGUCUGCACGGUGCUGACGAACCUGCUGGAAAACAACUACCUCAGCGUGCCCGGAUUCCGCGACUGUCUACGCAUCCAACCGGGCUUUCAACUGUUCGUAACGCUCCGAACUCACAAAUCCGGCGGCACCGCCACCGCCCACAGCACCUACUCCCUGCUGGAGAAGUACCUCUACACGGUGAACGUCCUUCCGCUGUCCCGCACCGAACUCUGCACCAUCAUCUGCACCAACUUCCCAAAACUGGCCACCGUCGCUAGUCGGAUCGUGGAUAUUUACCUCACCUUCUCCAGCGGCUGCCACGCGAUCCAGAACAACGAAAUCGUCGAAAGCGUCAGCAUUCUAGAGCAGCAGAACUCGGACGUUCCUGCAACGCAGGAAGAGUCCAGCUUGCCACGCUUUCAGCACGAAGGUGGAACUCUUGGUCUUCCCAACUCCGGCCGCCUGGUAUCAACCCGCGACUUGAUCAAGCUGUGUCGUCGCUCCAACCCGACCUUCUCCGUGACCAGCACGGAGUGCGCGUACUUUGUGUUCCAGAACGCGGUGGACAUCUUUUGCUCUCACCUGCCGGCCGGCGACGUUCGCCGGAACCUGGUGCUGAGCAUCGGCGGCAACAUCGGCAUCAACAAGAGUCGCUGUGAUCACCUGUGCGAGGAGUACAAGCCGGAGGUGGACGUGGCCACGUCGAAGGAGGUCAAAAUUGGCCGGGUUCUGUUGAAGCGCAACUUGAAGGAGAACUUGGAGAACGACGAAAACGCCUUCUCCCACAAGAAGAUCCGGCUGGACAAGAACGCCUCGAGCACGGUCAAGACGCAGGACUUUAAGCUGCAAAGCAAGGCGCCGACGUUCUCCUUCACCCGACCUGCGUCCUGCCUGCUGGAGCGAAUCGCCGUGUCCGUGGCCCAAAACGAACCGAUCCUGCUCGUGGGAGAAACCGGAGUCGGCAAAACCAGCUCAAUUCAGUACUUGGCCUACCAAACGCACCACAAGCUGGUCGUCGUCAACAUGAACAACCAGUCGGACGUCUCCGAUCUCGUUGGCGGCUUCAAACCCGUUGACCUGAGCUACGUCAUCACCCCGCUUCGCUACGAGUUCGAGUUCCUCUUCAACAAGACGUUCAACGCGCAAAAGAACGAAAAGUUCCUCACGAACGUCUCGAUCUGCUACAACCGCGGCGAGUUCCCCGUGCUGGUCAAGCUGAUGCUCAAAAUCGCCGAAAAGGUCUUCCUGCGCAAACAGGACGAGCAACUCCGCCUGGAGAACAUCUACGAAAAGUGGACCACCCUCCAGGAGAAGCUCACCCGACUCGACUCGCAGCUCAAAAACUCCGUCAACGUGUCGUUCGCCUUCAUCCCGGGCUCGCUCGUCAACUGCAUCCGCAACGGCGACUGGGUCCUGCUGGACGAGAUCAACCUGGCCUCCACCGAGACGCUCGAGUGCCUCUCCACGAUCCUCGAGCCGGACGGCUCGAUCGUCCUCCUCGAAAAGGGCGACUUCGUCCCGGUCAAGCGCCACCCGGACUUUCGCAUCUUCUCCUGUAUGAACCCCAACACGGACGUUGGCAAGAAGGACCUCCCCGUUGGCAUCCGGAAUCGCUUCACGGAGUUCUUCGUCGACGAACUGGUCGCCGAGAACGAUCUGCUGAUCCUCGUCAACGACUACCUCGGCAGUACCGGCAUUCAGAAAGUCCGAAUCCUCAACACGGUCAAACUGUACCGCAGACUUCGCGCCCUGUCCCAGCUCGAGCUGAACGACGGCCUCGGCAACAAACCCGUCUUCUCGCUGCGAACUCUGUGCCGCGCGCUCAGCAUCUGCGCCAAGAACUUGUGCGGAUCGAUCGAGCGCAACCUGUACGAGAGCUUCUGUCUGAGCUUCCUCACCCAGCUCGAUCUCAAGUCGCACGCCACGGUACUGACCUACAUCCAGAAAACCCUGCUGAACGACGUGCACCAGGCGAUCUCGCAGCAGAUCCCCAAACCCGCCGACGGCGAGCAGCUCAACUUUGAAGGCUACUGGAUCGAGCAAGGUUCGAAGGAGGUUCAGGAGUGCGAGAGUUACAUUUUGACGGAGAGUGUAAAGAACAACCUGCGCGAUCUAGCGCGGAUCAUCUCGAUCGGCAAGCUGCCCGUCCUGCUCCAAGGCCCCACCUCCGCCGGCAAGACCAGCUUGAUCGAGUACAUCGCCAAACGCAGCGGCAACGUGUGCCUCCGGAUCAACAACCACGAGCACACCGACCUCCAAGAGUACAUCGGCACGUACGUCGCAGACGUGACCGGCAAGCUCACCUUCAAGGAGGGCGUCCUCGUCGAAGCCAUGCGCAACGGCUUCUGGAUCAUCCUGGACGAGCUGAACCUCGCCCCCAGCGACAUCCUCGAAGCGCUGAACCGCGUCCUCGACGACAACCGCGAACUCUUCAUCCCGGAAACGCAAGUCGUCGUCAAAGCCCACCCCAACUUUAUGCUCUUCGCCACGCAGAACCCACCCGGCCUGUACGGCGGCCGGAAGAUGCUGUCGCGUGCCUUCAAGAACCGCUUCAUCGAGCUGCACUUUUCGGAGAUCCCGCGGGCCGAGCUGGAGGUCAUCCUGGAGAAGCGCUGCCUCAUCCCGCGCUCGUACUCGCAAAAGAUGGUCAAGGUGAUGUCGGAGCUGCAGCUGAAUCGGCGGAGUACCGCGAAGCAGAACUUUACGCUGCGCGAUCUGUUCCGGUGGGGCAAUCGGUACACGUACGCGGACAAGGCGCUGCUCGCGGACGGCAGCUACGACUGGAACCAGCACCUGAUCGAUGAGGGGUAUUUGGUGCUGUCGUCGAAGAUUCGCAACCUGUACGAAACCAAGAUCAUCCAGGAAGCGCUCUACACCCACUUCCGGAAGCGCGCCGCCGAGGACGCCCUGUUUACGCUGAAGGCCACCGCAACAUCCCAGGUGACGCGUGGCAUCCUCGAGCAGCUGGAGCGCCAAACCGCGCACGACGGCGUCGUGUGGACGUUCGACAUGCGCCGGAUGGCGGUGCUGACGGCGAAGGCGCUGCAGUUCAACGAACCCGUGCUGCUGGUCGGCCCGACCGGAUGUGGCAAGACCACAAUCUGUCAGAUACUGGCGGCGAUUCGAGGAACCACCCUGCGGAUCCUCAACUGUCACAUGCACACGGAGGGUGCGGACUUCCUGGGCGGGCUUCGCCCGCAUCGUCAAGCGGAAUCCGAGGAGAAGGACUCCAAACAACUGUUUGAGUGGUCCGACGGACCGCUGGUCCUGUCCAUGGCCGAAGGUGGCUUCUUCCUCGCCGACGAGAUCUCGCUCGCAGAGGAUUCCGUCCUCGAGCGGCUGAACUGCGUGCUGGAGCCGGAACGAACGCUGCUGCUGGCGGAAAAGGGAGGCGUCUCGGCGGGGGCGUCCGAGUUUGUCAUUACGGCUUCCGAGGGCUUCCAGUUUCUGGCCACGAUGAAUCCCGGCGGUGACUUUGGCAAGAAGGAACUGUCGCCAGCGUUGCGAAAUCGGCUGACGGAGAUUUGGUGUAGAGCUACGGAUUCACGAGAUGAUUUGGUGCGGAUCGCGGAGCAUGCUCUGAAGAAGGGGCUGACCGACGUGGACUGCUGCAACAAGUUGGCCCAAGUGAUCAUCGGAGUGGUGUUUGUGCUGAAAAAUAAGAUCGACAAGCUUAACUUUAGCAUUCGAGACGUGCUGGCGUGGGUUGCCUUCAUCAACAAGAAUCAAGCGAGCUUGUCGCUCGCGGAGUCGCUGAUGUACGGACUGGAGACGGUCUUCCUGGACUCGCUGGAGAUGCUUCCGUACGAGACGUUCGAGGAGAUUGUCGCAAUCAGGAAAGAGAUUCUUGCCGCGCUCAACGCUUUGAUGCAAAAACUGUUGGACAUCAAGCAGUUCAAGCUUCAGCGAGGUUCCACCGUUGAGUCCAACGAAACCUCCUUCGGAAUCAGUCCCUUCUACAUUGAGCUGAACCCGGUUCAGCGCGAUCGCGCCACGGAGUUCAUGUUCAGCGCUCCAACAACCCAAAACAACCUGUUCCGUCUCCUCUCAGCACUUUCCCUGGACAAGGCAAUCCUGCUCGAAGGUCCACCCGGCGUCGGCAAGACGUCCCUCGUGGAGAACCUAGCCCGUGCCGCCGGCUUCGCCAUCGUGCGGAUCAACCUGUGCGAGCACACCGAUUUGGCCGACCUGUUCGGUACGGAUCUACCCGCGGACGAUCGCACCCUAGAACUGACCAACAACGAGGUCGAAGCCACCGAAUCCAAGCUGGGUUCCUUCGUGUGGCGUGACGGACCUCUGCUAGCCGCGCUGAAAGCGAAAAACACCUGGAUCCUGCUCGACGAGCUGAAUUUGGCCCCGCAAAGCGUGCUGGAAGGUCUGAACGCGAUCCUCGAUCACCGUGGUGAGGUGUUUAUCGCCGAGUUGAACAAAACGUUCAAGCUGGGCGCGAAGACGAGGAUCUUUGCCGCGCAGAACCCGCUGCGUCAGGGAGGAGGGCGGAAGGGACUGCCUCAGUCGUUCCUGAAUCGGUUCACCAAGGUGUAUCUGCGGAAGCUGGAGCGGGCGGAUUUGCUGUACGUCGUUGACGGGAAGUAUCGGGAGAAGUUUGCGAGCGCUGGAAGCGGGUUGAUCGAGGAUCUUGGAAGGGAGGUUGGAGGCGAUGUUAGUUAUUUUGAAGCUUUCAACGCGACGACCGGAUCGGUCAAGUUCGACCUGUCGGAGAGGAUGGUGCUGUUCUCGGAAGCGCUGGAGACGGGAAUUGCCAACCUGGAGUUUGGCUACAAGGGAGGACCGUUCGAGGCGAAUCUUCGAGACAUUCUACGCUGGUGUGAGUUGUUCUUCAGCGAACGGACUGGAUUCUUCCGUAAGAAGUUCAGUUGCGCCAGAGAUUCGUACGACAACUUCCUGUUGGUACUGUUCGAGAAGAUGAAGCUGGUCUACUAUCAACGAAUGCGAACCGACGUAGACAAGAACUACAUCCUGGCGGUGUUCUCCCGAGUAUUCGCCUGCGAUGCGUACGAUCUGGAGCAGCGCUCCCAGGACAUCGCAGUGUACUGGACCGACGACAAACUCUACAUGGGCGAUCUUGUGCUGGAAAAGCUCAACAAGUCCGACGAGAUGAACCCGAUUUCGCAAAAGACCCAGAACACGUUCCCUCUCCUGCUAACCAGCCAGCUUGAAACGCUCCGCAACGUAACCGAGUGCGUCCUGAUGGAAAAGCCGGUGAUCCUCUGUGGCCCGAGCGAUUCCGGCAAGACCAAGAUCAUCAACCUGUUGACGACGCUGAGCAACAAGUUCUGCAACGUGGACACGAUCGACGACUCGGUAACCGGGAGCUUCCAGCAGUUUGACUUUAACCGGCACCUGGAGGAAGUGUCCUCGAACGUCGAGGCGAUCGUGAUGGAUGCCGUGAAGGAGGCGGCCUUGGCUGAUGGAGGGAGAUCGCUGCUGGUGCAGCUGAUCGCGACGUGGGAAAAGUACGUGCAGUUCAACGACGGCAAGAUGGCAUUCGCCACCAAAAACCUUCAAACCGAAGAGUUGGCCCUGUUCCGUAAACGACUGACGGCACUCCAGAACGUGCUAACGCUGCUAGCAGGUCAACCGACCAUCGCUCACGCCCACCCGAAAAUUCCCAGCAUGAUCGCCGUCCUAACGGCGCUGGCCACCAUCUCCAAAAACGCCGAAACCCUCAACACCGGCGGUCACUUCGAGUGGGUCGACUCCAAGGUCGUCAAAUCGCUCAAAUACGGCCAGUACAUUUGCCUCGAGCACGUCAACCUGGUCUCGUCCGCAAUCCUCGAUCGCCUCAAUCCGAUCUUCGAGCCCGACGGCAGUCUGCUCAUCUCGGAGAAGGGCGUCGACGCGAACAACGAGUCCGAGAUCAUCCGAGCGCACGCCAAGUUCCGAGCGUUCCUCACGCUUGACCCGAAGAACGGGGAGAUCUCGCGAGCGAUGCGAAACCGUUGCAUUGAGCUGGCGCUGCACAAGGAGACGUACGGCGAUGACGAUCUGCGGCGGUUGGUGUUUGCGAACGGAGUUGGAGACCUUGCGCUGAUCAAUACGAUCUUGUCGAUCCACAAGGGACUGAAGAAGGUGUCAGAGUUUAACCAGUUUGGGAUUGCGCACGUGAUCAAGUUUGCGUAUCUCGUGGCGCAGAACAAGCGGCUGGGCAUGAUCGAGGAAAAGUGCCUGCUGAUCAGUGCGCUGGAAGUGUACGUCAGGUCUUCAAACACGGAUCUACUCGGGUACGGGUUGGAGUUUUACCGAAACGCACUGAAGACUGUGAUCAAGGACGAAAUUAAGAACGCUGUCACGAUCCCGAACUUGGUUCAGCUUGAAAACGUCCUGCUGCGAUCGGACAACCUGACGGGUCUUCAGCUGAUCAAGCUACAAGCGGAACCACUUCUCACCACUCUCAGAUGUGCGCAGAACAGCUUCCCGGACGUCGUCGAGCUGCUGACGAACAUCGCUUCGGCUUACUCGCAACAGUCAGCCGUAACUCUGGACAACGUCAAGUACCUGUUCCAUCUGCUGUAUGAAGUGUCGAGCUUCGAGGACGUCAAGAGUCGACGAAUUUACCUGUCCGAUUGCUUGAAGACACUUCAGCAGGUUCAACCGAAAGAAGAGACGCAGGGCGCCAACUCGAACGGCAUUGUGAUCGAUGUGCAGCUGGAAGCCUGCGCUGACAGCCAGUGGAAGUCGUCGGAGAAAAGCCUGUCCGGCUACCGGGAUCUCCAGCACACGAAGCGAGAAAAGGUGGAUUCUGAAGAAAGCAGCAAAGCUGUGUUGACUGUUGGUGAAGUGGUACAGCAACUGAUCGAGCUGAACCAAGUGCUUUCCAGCACGAUUGAAAAGUUUGGUAAAACAGGUAACCUCCCCUGGAAUCGAUCAAUGUUCCCGAGGAUUCGAGACUACCAGGAAGACAGUACGCCCGAGCAGCAUCGCAUCAGUGCAACUCUACUGCUCAACACAACCCUGAAAGCGAUCGAGGUGCAGAAUGCUACCAAACUCAGCAAGAUCGAUGCCCUGUCCUACUCGAAAGCCGUUUCGGUUAAGAUCAUCAACGACACGGUUGAGCACAAGCUCGUCACUCAGCUGUACGACUUCCUCGCAAACUUCAAACCACUGCUCGAGGGAGCACUGAAGGACACACGUCUAGACGGCGAACUCUACACCAAGCUGAUCGGAUCGUACCUCUGGAUCAACCGCUUGAUCGAGCUGUCCCAUCAGAACCUGUUCAUCAACAAGGAGGUCAACACCGCGCUGGUGGACUACAUCACGCUGCACUUUAAGUGGAUCCAGAAGCACUGCCUGUCGCUUCUUGAAGGAACCCGAUUCGCUGCAGUUCGCCACUCGCUGGAAGAAUCCGUCCAAAGUUCCGUUCAUCCGCUGACGGAGCAUCGCAAGCUGCACGCUAAACGCUUCCUGAACAACUUGCCGUUCUACAGCCAAGAUCAGAUCGAGUACCGACUUCGCCACGUCGAUUUCAACGAAGGGUUGCGUCUCGUGCCGAGACUUACCAAGCUGUACGACUACAGCGACUUUUUGCAGCGGGUCGCGCUGCUGAACCAUUCCAAUACAGUCGAUCUUCGGCGAUCGAUCUUGGCCAAGUCGAGCUGGUCAACGGAGUUGACCUUCGACCAGAAAGAGACUGAAGCUAGCUUGGACAGCGAGGACUACCGUCGGUUGAUUGCGUUGAUCGCGCAGUUUGGUGACGCCCAAGAAGGUGAUCGCCUCACGGAGAUCCUCGCACAGCUGAACCGGUAUCGCAAGUUUGUCGCUGGCUGUGACCCGACCGAGACCUAUUCGUACAAGUUUCUGGUGGAGAUGCUGCCGCUGCUGGAGUACUUUUUGCUGAAAUCACUCGCCGGCAGGGCUGAAGUGAACUACGACUACAUCGCCAGCGUACGAUCGCUCAACCUGGACGCGUUGGUCCUGCUGAAACGGCUCAACAGUGCCGAACAUGGAAAGCUGCUUGAAAUGGAUGAGCUUUUGCAGAGACUGAUCGGCAGCGAAGGAUUCGACGACCUGCUGAAAAGUCUCCCGACUGGGUUCUACCGCAACCUUCGCACCUACUUUGCCUCGAUCCAGAAGCAGCUCUACGAGCUGGAGAUGAACUCUCUAGCCAUCAACCAAGCAGUUUGCUUCAAAAAUGAAACCGAAGCCAGCUACGAAGCGCAUCUGGAGCAAGAUUCGAACCAAUCCGUACACGGCCCCAUCCUGACCAGCAACUGCCUGUCGAUUCUGCUGACCAACGGUGGCGAGUUGCGAUCAACGGGACUCGGAGAGCUCCCCGAGUGGAGAGCCAUGGUCAGGCUCAUCCGCGAUACCGUUUGGAGCAACGCGACUGUUAUGCGGAGUGAGUUUGAUCAGCAGUACGUUGGACUGACAAAGGCGCAAGGUCAAGCUGAAAGGUUACUCAAGGAGAUCGACAGUAUUCGCUCGGCGAUCCAUCGCGAUCUGUCGGAGGAACAAUUUGUCCAGGACUUUAACGCUGCCACUGAAGAGCUGGGUCAAUUUGUAGAGCAAUCCAGGGAGUUGCGAGAUGAUCGCACCGGCAACAAGAACCGUCAGUGGCAGCUGACCUCGCUGCUGAAUUCGCUACGCGGAGUGAUCGAGCUUAACCUGAUGGUUUAUCUGCCUCUGCUGGACCCGGUUGAGAAGAACGCACUGAAGAAGACGUACACUGAUCAGGACAUCCAGCAUUACCAGACGUUGGUGCAAGCGUACGAGUACAUGGCGAUCGUCAUGAACUACCGUCGACUUGGAGAGGCUACCAAGCAGUCCUUCUUGAAGCAGCUGGAAGCGCUCGAAGAGAAACGUGGCAAGUUGUGCCGCAAGGUCGCGCUACGUCCCGUCGACAACAUCUACACCGAACUGGCCAAGGACGUCAACAAUUUCCUGAUCUCGUGCUGCUACCCGGGCACGAUCCUCGCAAUGACCAGAGCCGCCAAGCUAUGCCUAGACUUUGAGAUCGACACAAAGAACCCGAUCAAGAACUGCACCGAAACGAAGAACUUCCAACUGAAGGUGAACGAAACGAUCAAGCAAAUCGAGCUGUGGAUCAACAUCGCCAACAAGUUCGAACACCACACGCUGAAGCGGUACGAGGGCUACUACCGGGACUUCCUCGAGCCGGUGUGCUGUGCGAUCGCUACGCUCAAAUACGGCUUGACCGGACUGAAGCACUGCCUCACGAUCAAGCGCGACUCGGUUGGCUUGAAGAGCGCGAACGGCGUGUUUUACGACCUGGCGGAGAAGGACGCGCUGGGCAAGAUUCUGCAAAAGUUCGUACAGUUCCCGAUGGUCAGCUCGAUCAAGCUGUUUGACGAAGAGUCCUCCGGACACAAGGUGAACAUCUACUCGGUGCUGGAGAAGAUCGAUCACAGCGAGGCCAACUACUUCCGGCUGCUCAAGUCGAAGCUGCAGGAGGUCAAGAACGCGAUCACGCUUCGCGGAGCGAUUGGUGAGGGGGAUUUUGUAGAUUUGGAUCGCAUUGUGAACGUGUGCAACCAGAUUUGGCAGAAGCAGGAGCAUUUGCGGAGGAAGAAGCAAGCCGAGGAGGACAGUUUGUACCAAACGAAGAGUCACUGUGAGGAAGAGAGUGAAGAGGUUAUGGCGCAGCGUGAGAUUGGGGACAUGUUCCCGAACUACGUGGACGAGGACUUUGCUGACUUUAUUCAGAACGAUACGCUGGAGCAGGUGAUCAAGGUGGACACGGUCAAGAGAAACGCACGACUGAACGAUACGGUGUGCAACGAAGACUACGCACUGAUCUGCGAGAGUUUCAUCUACUUGAUGAACAAGUUCUCCAAGUCGUACUACUACAAUCCGGAAACGGUAGCAAACCUGCCGGAGGUGAUCGCGCCCGACUUUGUUGGUCCGUUCCGGACGAAAACCGCGAUCUUCUACCAACUUCUGCACAAGUACAGGUCGGCUUUGAACAGCACCUUGGAUGAGAGUUUCUAUCCUGGUCUGAGCUUCCUGAUAGGCAUGGUGCAGGAAAAGUACGAUGAUCUUGACCUUAACCUGCCCGGCUCCCACGCCUACAACUUCUACAAGGAUUCCAACAUUACCGAAGUGGUUCAGUGCGUUGAAGUGCUGAAGAAGGUCGAAGCCUCGGUGCAAGCUCUUCUACUGGAGUGGCCCGACCAUGCCGGAUUGAAAGACAUCAUCAAGAUCAUCGAGCGAAUCCACGCCCUUCCGUCGACGGCCCCGAUCGUCCGGUUCAGCACCGGGCUUCAGCUGCUGCGGUCCAAGAUCGACGAAUGGAACGCGGUCGCGCAUCGGCUGAACAACUUGCGCGAGCUGGAAGCGGACAUUGUCGAGUUUGUGCACCGCUGGAUGCGCAUGGAGCUGCAGUAUUGGCGGGAGUGCAUGAGUCGUACGCACGAAGCGGUACGAUCGAAGGCGUACCGCUAUUGGUUCUUCAUGUACAACCUGCUGCACGAGUUCCUGCAGAGUGAUUCCAAGGCCAAGUUGGGCAACCUGCUGGAUUACCGGAAGGUUGAACGCUGCUUCGGCGAAGAUGAGCUGCUGGAAGAGGACGACCAGGUCGAGGAAGGAACGGUCAAGAUCGAAGACCUGGUGCACGUGCUGAAGCAGUUCAUCGAGUCUUCAAACUACGCCGAGUUCGCCAACCGUCUGCGCAUCUUAAAGUCCUUCGAGCAGUACCUGAUGUAUCUGAACUUUGAGGACAACCGCAAGAAGGACACGGUCAUUGCGGUGCUGCACAAUCUUCACAUGUACUACGAUCAGUUCUCGGCGGAGAUUGAAGAGUUCAUCAAGUCGAAGCGCAAUCCGAUCGAGAAGAAGCUGAAGGAGUUUGUCAAGAUCGAGUCGUUCAACAAGGAUCUGUCGUACUUUAGCAUGCGAAACAACAUCGCGCGUGUUCAUCGACAGCUGCACAAGUUCCUGAAGGAGUUUGAGAACGAGAUCAAGGCGAAGAUACUGCCGGUGUUUAGUCCGAAAGAUCCGGCUGCGGAGAUCAACGACGCCGACCAGCAGAAGAACAAGAGCUUGCGCUCGGAAGCCAAGAUUACGUACUACAUGGUUGACGUGAAGAACUUUAUGGCGUCACCGAAGUUGAAGGAAAAGUUCUCCGUACGUAACAUGGCGACGGAGACCACUCCGAACCAGGAGCUGUUUGGUAAAAUUGAUCGAUUCUUCGUAACGUCCCGGAACGUCGUUAAAGAAGCUAUCUUGCACGCUCCCUUCCCUGGACUGAUCUACAGCCUAGAUACGUUCAUGCACGAUCAAAUCGAGACGAUCGAAUACCUCAGCGGGCUCGAAGUGAACCGCGAUCAACCGAAGCCGAAGCAAAAAUCGCAAGCCAAACAGAUCCUCAACCAGAAGCGCAAAGCCCUGUCCGACUUUUACAAGAGCCUCACCCAGCUCGGCCUCAGCUACCGAAGCGGUAUCGUCGAAAGCGCGAUCGAGUCCGACCCGGUCGACGUGACCAUCAAACCGUUCUCCGUCGAUCUGCUAGCCCAGAACAGCAAGUACCGCAAGGUCGAUCAGCACAUCGUCUUCCUCAACGACAAGCUCGAUCUGUACUACGUAAAGUGCGUGUUCAAGAUCAAGAUGCUCAUGAAGGUGAUGCUGCAGCCGAACGCGGACGUCGGACUGAUCAACAUCGAUCGCAUCAAGGGUUUCGCGAUCGACCUGUUUCUGUUGGUGCAGAACCAGCAGAAGGAGCUGGGCAAAUCGGUGGCGAACGUGUUCGAGCUGAGGGAUCGCAUCCAGGAUCUGACGCAGCUUGGCGGCUGUCUGGAGUCCAAGACGCGGCAGUUUAACUUUGAGCGAUCGCGAAGGCAUUUGAAGAACGUCAACGCGUGCGUCGUGCAGGUUCAGAGCGUUUUGGAGCAGUUUAAUCUGCUGCUAAAGUGCGUUCCUGCGGAACCCAGGGAAGAGCUGAAACUGCUGAAGAACGAGCAGGUGCUGACGCAGAGCGCGAUCGUUCCUAUUGUUCAGCUGUCCAACGACUGCUUGAAGUUGGCGAUCAAACUCGGCAAGGAUCUUAAAAAGUCCGAGGAGAACUACAUCGCGGGAGAUUUGGUGAGGAUCGUCGAUGAGCAGUUUGGUGUGAUUUGCGCUAAGUUGGAAGCCCUCGGUGAUCAGCUUAAGUUCAGCAACUGCGACGAGCGAUCGAUCUAUGCCAAGCCGAUCGUUGACCUGUUGGAAAUCGUAAGGAGUACUGUUGGCAACGAGGUAGCCGUUGAGGAGUCUUCAGCUGAGCAGCAAACGGACGAGGAGAGUUUGAACAACGAGCUCGAGAACAUCAUCCACUCGAUCCUGAUUGCAAUGCAGCAAAUCUACAAGAAGUACUCAACUCCCAAGCCGGAAGCGGAAACACCGAAGGAAACAUCAAACGGCCUCGAAGAGACGGAGGAAGCCGGUCCAGAGUCCGAGUUGCAACCUCAACAUCUGAAGGAAAAAAUCAACUCCGACCUGCUGAGCGAUCUGCAAUCGCUGAACAUCCGAAAGGUGGUUACCAAAAUCGGAAGUCUGCUGUCAACGCUGGAGAGUCUCAAGAAUCCCGAGCAGUGUGCCGCCAUGAUUCAGAAGCUGACCCGGUUGAUUCCAAUCCUGGAGCAGUUCAACCUGCUCGUCGAGUACUACCUGAUUCAGCAGCUGGGAGCGCACAAGAUCGCUACCAAGAUGCUGUCGGUGAUGUUGACCGUGUUCAUCGAGCUCGGAACGAAGGGAUUCUGCAUUCCGAAGGACCUGAUGGACGACGAAGAAGCUGGCGGUGAACAGCAGGAAGGAAAUCAGGGCGGAGAGAAGUUUGGCUUCGAAGACGGCGAAGGUGAGAAGGACGUAUCGAACAAGAUCGAGAGCGAAGAUCAGCUGGACGAUGCGAAGAAGCCGGGCCAGGAAGAUAAGAACGAGGAAGAAGAGAAGGACAACAAGGAAGAAAAGGGCAUCGACAUGAGCGAGGACUUUGACUCGAAGCUGCAGGAUGUGGACAAACCGGAAGGUUCCGACUCGGAGGAUGAAAAUAAGGACGACGAAGAAGACAUCGAUAAGCAAAUGGGAGACGCUGAAGAGGGCGAGAAGCUCGACGACCAAAUCUGGGGCGACGAUGAACAGAAAGAGGAAGAGGAAAAAGAAGAUGAGAUGGACGAAGAGGACGGCAAAGGUUCGGGAGAAACCGACGACAAACACAACAACCUCGACUCGGAGAAGGAUAAGGCUCCCGGUGAGGAACAGGACGGCACGGAUGCCAUUGAUCAGGCCAAGGACGACAGCAAGAAAGAAAAGCCAAAGGACAUCGAAGAUAUGAACAACCAGGAAGGUGAGGAAGAGCAGGAGAAUCCGCACCACAACGAGCUGGAAGAACCACCGCAGCCGGAUGAUCUGGACUUGGACGAAGAGUUCAACCUGGACAACGAUGAUCGGCCCGAUGGCCAGAACGGUGAAGAGCAGAACGAGGAAAAUCCGUUCGAUAUUGACCAGAUGAAGGAAAAUGGUGAAAAUGAAGGGGAAGAAGAAGCGAAGGAAGAUGAAGCGCAGAAGGAGGACGAUCAAAAGCAGGAAAAUGGCGACGAUUCGUCGGAUGAGGAGGACCAGGAGAAUCCGGACGGUGCGGAGAAGUUGGCCGAGGAUGAGAAUCAAGAGGGUGAAGAUCCGCAAAACAAGCCGGAAGACGAGGAAGUGCAGCAGAUUCCGGACGAGCACAAAGAUGAACAACCGGAAGAGCCAAAAACCGAAGAAGAGCAAAAAUCCGCCCAGAAAGACCAACCUCACCACGAGUCCAAGGACAAACGGUCCGAGCAGGAUCGCAUCGAAGCCAUGCCGGACACGGAGCACAAGGGCACGAACGAUCAGGUUGCGAACGAGCCCGACAAGCCGGAAACGCGCCAGGAAACGGAACUUGAUGAACAGGACACGGGCGAGGAUCGGGACGGGGUGGGGCAGGCCGAAAAUGAGCAGUCGGAAACGGGCCACCAGGGAAUUGCCGAGUCGAAGGAUACGCGCACCAAGCGCGAGCAGAACGACCGGAAGCAGCGCGAGGAGAAGCGGCGACAGGGAAAUACGGACGAGGAGCGGUCGCUGGGCGAUCCGGAAAAGGCGGAGAAGAAACGGCUGAAGACGGUUGACGAGUUGAAUCGGGAGGAGAGGGGAGGAAAGGAGGAGGAGGGUGAGGAAGAUGAAGGGGAGAAGGAUGAUUCGGAAGAGUAUCAGCACGUGAAGGAUGCGAAGCAGUCGGACAAGACGACGCUGGACAAUGCGACGGAGGAGCAGUCCAAAAAGGUGCAACAUCAGGAGAAUAAGGAGGACGAUGGGCAGAAAGAACAGGAGGAGGAGUGUGUGGAUGAGUUGAUGGACGUUGAUGAAAAGGUCGAAGAGCUGGAGGAAACGCAGAAGGAGCUGCUGGAGAGUGAGAAGAAUGAGCGCAAGAAGGAUAAACCGGCCAAAAAGGACGAGAGUCAGCGGGAGAAAGUUGAAACGCUGGAGAAUGUUGAAGUUGAGGGAGAAAUUGUGGACACGGCUCGGGUGCCGCGAGGGGAGGAAACGACCGCUCAUACAGUUCUAGACAUCCUGAACGACAUGACCCUGCCGGAGGAACCGACCACGGGCGAGGUGCUCGAGAUGCGUAAAAUGGUCGAAAAGGAAUCGCUAGCGGUGAACGCGGUGCAGCCCGGCCACGACGAGUUCGAUCGCUGGCAACAGAUCUCGAACAAGAUGUUGCCGAACGCUCGCGAGUUGUGCGAACAGCUGCGGUUGAUUCUGGAACCGACCAAGUGCACCCGACUGAAGGGUGAUUACCGGACGGGUCGUCGCAUCAACAUGAAGAAGAUCAUUCCGUACAUUGCGUCCCAGUUCCGGAAGGACAAGAUCUGGCUGCGGCGAACGAAGGCCGCCCAGCGAGACUACAAGAUAACGAUCGCUGUGGACGAUUCCAAGUCGAUGGACCACAACAACAGCAAGGAUCUGACGCUGCAGGCCAUUUCGUUGGUUUCGCAAGCGUUGACCCUGCUCGAGAGCGGCCGGCUGAACGUGAUGUCCUUCGGGGAGUCGCCGAAAAUCUUGCUCAAGCAUUCCGACCAGUUUGACGGUGCGAAGCUGAUCAGUUCGCUCAACUUUGAGCAGAACCAGAGCCGGAUCGCCGAACUGCUGGACUUUGUGCGGACGGUCAACGCCGAGGACUGCUCGUCGUCGGAUAACGGGAUUUUCGAAAAUCUGCUGCUGGUUCUGAGCGACGGCCGGAACAUCUUCAGCGAGGGCGAGAAGAAGGUCAAGAACUCGGUGAAGCUUGCCCGGCUGCAGCGGAUAUUCGUCGUGUACGUGAUCAUCGACAAUCCGGAGAACAAGCACUCCAUCAUGGACAUUCGGGUGCCGCUGUUUACGGCCGACCGCAACCAGAUCGUGAUGCAGUCCUACCUGGACGUGUUCCCCUUCCCGUACUACGUGAUCGUGCGGGAUCUAGGCCAGCUGCCGCUCGUGCUGAGCGACGCCAUGCGCCAGUGGUUCGAACUGGUCAACAGUGAGCAGUAAAGGAAAAUUAGGUUGUAGUUAUUGUUUUGUUUUUGUAUUGGUUACAAAAUGUAAAAUAUUCGUAGUAAUAAGGAAAUAUACUGUUAUUUCUUAGUCUUUAUCGCUUGUAAAACAAGUUCUAUAUAUCUAUGGCUUAAAGUAUAUUUGUAAUAGCCGAGCAAAUAAAUAAACAAGU